AUGGUCCCCGCCGCCGGCGCGCUGCUCUGGGCCCUGCUGCUGAGUCUGGAGCCCCUGGCGGCGGGGGACCAAAGCCAGACCCAGUCGUCCACCAAGAUGCCGCGGGCCACCUUCCGCUUUGGAGGCCCCGGCCCUGCCCGUAGCCACCGGAGCACCGUCGGCCCGCCCCGCACCGGCCUCCCCAGGAAGCCCAAGGUAACCUUGGAGGAUGAGAAUGACGCGGUGGCCACUGCCGACCGCCUGGCAGGCCCUGCGGCUGCCGAGCUUCUGGCGACGGUGACGGGCAUCGCCCGGGGCUCUGAAUCCAGCUUCGAUGAAGAUGAGACUUUGGAAGAGGGGGUUGUGAUUAAUGCCAGAAAAAAUAACAGUAAGCUGGUGGUUCCUCCCACUUCGACCUCCGGUCCCAGCUCCAGCACGGGGAGGUUCGCGGCCAAUACACAAGAGCGGGAAAUCAGGCUAACCACAAACCUGCCACGGACCACCAUGAAACCCAAGGACAUUCUGCCCUCUGAGGUCACCCUGAACCGUUGGUCGACCCCAGGCUCCACCCCAAGCCGGUGGCCGACACCCUCGCACACCGCCAUGCCACCUCCCGAGGAUCUGCACCUGGUGCUGAUGCCAUGGGGCCCGUGGCACUGUCACUGCAAGGCAGGCACCAUGAGCCGGACGCGAUCCGGGAAGCUGCAGGGUCUCUCAGGACGCCUUCGAGUGGGAGCCCUGAGCCAGCUCCGCACGGAGCACCGUCCUUGUACUUACCAGGUGUGUCCCUGCAACCGGCUGCGGGAGGAGUGUCCCCUGGAUGCGGAUCUCUGUCCGGACAACAACUGCUCUCCGACCACCACCACCCAGACCACCACCACCACCCCGCCCUCCAUCCGCCCCAGCCACAGAACGCUCAGCCCACCCCCCAGUCCCAGACCGGCUUUAGCUUUUUGGAAACGAGUCAGGAUUGGCCUCGAGGAUAUUUGGAACAGCCUGUCUACAGUGUUCACAGAGAUGCAACCAGUAAGUGUUGGGUGA